AUGGCAUCCUCCACGACCACAGAUCCGUCUAUGCUGGCCGACUUCCGCUCACACCUUCAAAAAUCUCGUCGCAUCUGUGCUCUCCUCGGCGCAGGUCUUUCAGCCUCCUCAGGUCUUCCAACGUUUCGUGGAGCCGGCGGUCUCUGGCGAACUCACGAUGCUACCGUCCUAGCAACACCCCAAGCCUUCAGAGCAGAUCCAUCUCUAGUCUGGCACUUCUACUCCUACCGCCGCCAUAUGGCCCUCAACGCAAAGCCAAACGCCGCCCAUCACGCCCUAGCCCAGCUAGCAAAACACAAACCACAAUUCAUCACCCUCUCUCAAAACGUCGACGGCCUCUCCACAAGAGCCGGGCACCCACCAGAGCAACUCAAGCUCCUCCACGGCAGUCUCUACGACCUCAAAUGCACAGACCAACGAAAAUGCGGUUACAAAGAAUCAAACAACUACACAGACCCUAUCGUGCCAUCUCUAGUCAUCCCACAAGGCGGUGACGUCGCAGCAUCCGACGAGACCACAACAGACUCAUCCUCGCAAAUCGACCACACCAAAAACCUAAUCCACGGCCUAGACAUUUCAGACAUCAAACACGACAUCCCCACAAUCCAAACCUCAGACCUCCCACAAUGUCCAUCCUGCCAAAAAGCUCUCUUAAGACCUGGCGUCGUCUGGUUCGGCGAGUCAUUGCCAGAAGACGUGAUGGCCGAUGUCGAUGCGUUCUUCUCCUCUGCUGAACCAAUCGAUUUAAUGCUCGUGGUUGGAACGUCGGCAGUCGUAUACCCUGCCGCAGGUUAUAUACAAUUCGCAAAGCAUAAGGGUGCCCGUGUUGCUGUGGUCAAUCCCGACCCGUCGAGUGGUAACAGUCUCGAUCUGGGUCCAGGUGGGAAGGAUUGGUUUUUCAUGGAAGAUGCUGCGAAGAUAUUGCCUGAGAUGUUGAGGCCUGUAAUUGGUGACAUUGAAGGGUCUCAAUGA